GCAGCCGGGGGCGCGGGGCGCGCGGGCAUAAGAGUGGGGCGUGCGCGCGGAGAAGCACCGGUCCCGGCACAGCAGCCCCGGCACCACGUCACGCACGCGUACCGGCCAUCCGUGUAGCUCACAGACAUCUCGCACCGCCACCAGCUCCGCAGCAGAAAGGAUCCGGCGAGCUUGCCACCCGCACCAUGCCCCGCAUAGAUGCGGACCUCAAGCUCGACUUCAAGGAUGUCCUGCUCCGACCUAAGCGGAGCAGCCUCAAGAGCCGAGCUGAGGUGGAUCUGGAGCGCACCUUUACAUUUCGCAACUCGAAGCAGACCUACUCAGGGAUUCCCAUCAUUGUUGCCAACAUGGACACCGUGGGGACAUUUGAGAUGGCCGUUGUGAUGUCACAGCACUCCAUGUUCACAGCAGUUCACAAGCAUUAUACCCUGGACGACUGGAAACGCUUCGCCACAAAUCACCCUGAAUGCCUGCAGCAUAUGGCCGUGAGUUCGGGCAGCGGGCAGAAUGAUCUGGAAAAGAUGAGCAAUGUCCUAGAAGCCGUCCCACAGGUGAAGUUCAUUUGCCUCGAUGUGGCCAACGGAUACUCAGAACAUUUUGUGGAAUUUGUGAAACUGGUCCGGGCCAGAUUUCCUGAGCACACCAUCAUGGCAGGAAAUGUGGUGACGGGAGAGAUGGUUGAAGAACUCAUUCUUUCCGGAGCAGAUAUCAUCAAAGUGGGAGUUGGGCCAGGUUCGGUGUGUACCACCCGCACCAAGACAGGAGUGGGCUACCCCCAGCUGAGCGCUGUGAUUGAGUGUGCCGACUCUGCUCAUGGUCUCAAGGGCCACAUCAUCUCUGACGGAGGCUGCACGUGUCCAGGAGAUGUCGCCAAAGCCUUUGGAGCUGGAGCAGACUUUGUCAUGCUGGGAGGAAUGUUCUCAGGCCACACAGAAUGUGCAGGGGAGGUGAUUGAGAGGAAUGGACAGAAGCUUAAGCUCUUCUAUGGGAUGAGCUCCGACACAGCCAUGAAGAAACACGCAGGAGGAGUUGCUGAGUACAGAGCCUCUGAAGGCAAGACUGUGGAAGUGCCUUACAAAGGGGAUGUAGAAAACACGAUUCUGGAUAUUCUUGGGGGACUGAGGUCAACCUGCACUUAUGUGGGGGCCGCCAAACUCAAAGAGCUCAGCAGGAGGGCAACGUUCAUCCGGGUCACCCAACAGCACAACACAGUGUUCAGUUAACUUCAGGGAUCCAGUGAUGUCCAGCUGGGUGGAAACCCCCUCACACACUGCUUUUCUCAUCUCCCUUCUGGCCUGUUCACCAGCCAUUGGACUGCUUCCCUGUGGAAUGCUGCAUCCUUUCUCUGCCACCUGGAUGCAUUGGGACCCUCCCCAGUGCCUUCUUGAGGCCCAGAAGUGAGGGCUGUGCUGGGGCCAGUGGUUAGAACCAGCUAUCCAGAACUCAUAGCCUCAAUCCUCAAACCAACCCUUUGGUUCUUUCUAAAGCAAAAUGGUUUCACUUUAAUAUAAUGCUGUUGUCUUGAGAUUUUGUUAGAGUUUGCAUUUGCAGGAGCCACGGUGCAUAGGGUCACUGGAGUAUUUUCUGCCACCUUCUCAGCCGGGUGAGUGGUGCAUUUGGCUGUUAGCACACAAGGCACCUGGGGCUGGAAGGGGCUAGAGCCAGUGUAAUGCAUCUGCUGCUUUUAGCUUUUGUUGCUGGAAAGGAAAAGCAAACGAUAAGCGUGUGCAAAUAAUUGGGUCCCUGGCCAAUACCUAAAGGCGACUUAUGGUCUGAGACCUGCAGGACAUGUGCCUAUCUAGGUGUACAUUUUGUUUUCCUCUAUCCUUGUUCCUUUCCAGUCCCAGACUCGCCCCUCUCAAAGAGGUCAUAAAUUAUUUUGAAGUUGCACAAGGUGUUUUUCUUUUUGGUGUAUUGGGGUUUGAAUUCAGAGCCUUGUGCUUGCUAGGCAGGUGCUCUACCACUUGAGUCACACCCCCAGCCCUUUUUGCUUUAGUUAUUUUCCUAAUAGGGUCUCAUGUUUAUGCCCAAGCUGCCCACCACAAUUCUUCCCCUUACGUAUAGCUGGGAUGAUAGCUGUGAGCUACCACACCCUGAAUUUUUUGCCUGAGCUGGCCUCUAACCUCAAUCUUCCCACUCUCCACCUCCCAAGUAGCUAGGAUUACAGGCACACAACACCACUGCACCUGGCCUCCACAGGUGUUUCAUUGAAAGGUUAUCUGCAAAGAAAUUAGCAGGUAGAGUCCUGCUGAAAACUAGCAAAUGCUUUGCCGUUCGGCAUCUUAAAAGGUACUGGUUUAAAAUGAGUUACAGCCAUUUGUGGUAAUUAACACUUUCCAGAAGGACCACAUUGUUCUUCGUAGUAGUCUCUUGCUUGGCUGGUAACAAUAAUCUGUUUUGGAGAAACAUGGUCUUUGCUACUGUCCUGCAGCAGUUCACCAGGACUGGCCACCCAUGUUGAAUGACUGCUUCAGUCCUAAACCUGGAAAGUUCAAGAUGUUUUAUUUCAGGUUAGCACAGCACUUCCAGAGCAUGUUUUCUUUGAAAAGACAGGUGUCACUCUGGAGUGGAGCAGGGCCAUGCAGUGCUGAAUAAGGAGGAAUUCAUCCUCUUGAGUGUCCACAGCGAUGCCACACGAACUCACCACCAGUCACACUGGGAAAGUGCAGGCAUAUUUCUAGUCUCCUAAGAAUACAUUUAAAGAUCCCAUGGUUUUUACUCCAGUUCAGUACUUUAUCUUCUAAAUCUAUGGAGAAUCACUCCUACCUGUAGAAAUACAAACAGCUGCACUCUGGAAAUCUGUUUAAGGGUCAAGAGGCUGUUCAGCAUACAGCAGGAUGUGUGGCUUAGCACUAGGUGCCUGUCUCUGCUGAAUGUCAGCUUUUGCCACUGUCCCUGUGGAUGUGUUUUGCAGUCGAGUCCUGAAGUUUUAGGUCUUGAGACUCUUGCAAAAUAAGGGAGAGAAAUGAUGGAAACUUCUUUCAGGACCGUGUCCACCUGGGGCCAGGUGUCACAAGUGUCUCCUUUCCCAGAUCUGGCUCCUGUGCUGCAUGCACUGCUUGGUCAAGGAGGGUGACACCCGUCUGCUCACCGUGGUAUCCUCGGGGGCAUGUCCCUGAAGUGACACAUGCUACUUUAUCCAUCUUGUAUACGGGUUCUGUAGACUAGCUCUUUGAUUGCACAACCAAAGGCUGGCCUCUUAUAAAAUCCAGUUUUUCUGGGAAUGUGAAGACUUAGUUGGAAAGCCAAAAACCCAUCAAGAUAACUUUGUAGCAGAGGUCUAAUGUUCCAGGCCCCUUGCCUCACCAAGUUCAUCUCUGCCCCAAUAGGAACGCCCCUGUUGGAACAUCCCUUAGCCCAAGCAUCAAACAAUGCCAGAAAUCAGGCUAUGCCUUGCUGUCCACCUGCUGGGCUUCCUGUGACCGGAUGGGAGGACACAAAGCUGGGUGAUGCUUUGCUUUGAGGGUUUCAAGGCCUGUCCCAUUGCAGCACACGGAGCUGUGGAUUUUGCCCAAUCAUUUUAGCCAAGCCAUUAGACUCCAAGCUUGACAAUCCAUUAAGUCUAAUGAAGGCAAACAAGGCAGGCAGAUUCAGCAGGCUUCCCCACCACAUGCCAGCACACUCACCUCAUUCCCUGAGACCAGUCACUGGCGGUUUAAUGCCCAUUCUUUAAUGCACUAACAAAAUAUGUCAGGGCCUCAGUGCUCCUCUCAUGAGAGGACUUCUAAGUAGCUGCUAGGCCACAUCUAUCCAGUCGAGCCCAUUGCAGACCUGCAUGCAGUACUCGAGACAAACCUGGGGGCUAUUCCUCGUGCCAGAAGACCCCUGGUCAUUGAGUUUCUAACAAGCCUGUGAAACUACAGGAAACCUGAAUCAUCUUCCCACUUUGAAGCCACUAACCAGGUUACAGCAGAACUAUACAGAGCAUAUUGACUAACAUUGCAAGCCCAUGAAGUUGCCAAAUGUUUAAAAAGAGAAUCCUUUUGCCUAUUCAGUAGACAGGAGACACAAACAUGAACAAAUCAAGACAGCAGCGGUGGACAUGUGCCUUUUAUCUUAGAACCUCAUCUCAGGCAUACACUGCCCCCCUCGCCAAAAAAAAGAAUGAAUAGGGAAGCCACUGCUUCAUGUCAGUCCCCACUACCAAUCUCUGCAGGCUGAUUGUGCAACCCAGUGGCAGCAAGGAGGAGCUGGGACCAUGGGCCUACCAACAGAAGGCGAGGACACAUUUGCAAUUGGCACUGUUAUUUUAUUAGUACGAGUAUACUGAAACAAUAAACUUGUACUGGUAUACAGACAAUUUGUUUAAAACAAUUUUGUUCAAAUUUUGAAUCAAACAUUGUUUUAUUAUAAUAAUGAAAUAAUUUCUACCUAGAAAACCUGCAAGCACCAUCAAAGAAAGGGACCAUAAAAUUCAAUAAACAGACUCGAGUGUAUCCUACAAAUAGACACACCACGGUUAGAAAAUAGAAUAGGAAUUCUUCCAUUUCUUAAUAUUUGUUUUAAAAAAGCUAGUGCAAGUACAAUAUUUUACACUGGAAUUACAGAGAGUAUGCACGCAUAUGGAAAAAAAGUUCUCCCGUCACAAUAAAAGCUCUUAACUAUGUAUGCACUUAAAAUUUUCUUUUCAAUAAGGUGCAAAACAUCAUUUCUUCCCUAGUUUUCCUCCAUACAUACUGGUAAGUGCCCUCAGCCCAAGUUUUGGUGUCUGUUUUCCCUUGGCCUGUGGGAGGCAUAUGAUCAGAAAUUUGGUAAGUAACUGAUGUUAAAAUAUCCAAUGUUAGAAAUCUCAGAUACUCUAGGGCCAGGAGACCCCCACCACCACCACUGACUAGAAUUGAGGACUCUUGUCUUGUCCGAAGGCCACCACAAAUACUGACAGGAUUCAUUUGAAACCUUUCAGUUAACACUACCUGGGUUGACACUUAAGCAGUGUAGGCUGGGGAGGAAGAAACCCGGCCAAGAGGGCAGUAUUCACAGAACUGGAUGCACAGGGAUCAAGAGUCACUGACAAAGAAUUUACCCCACUCCUGGACCAGAGACUAACUUAAAGAGUAGGUGGUUCGUAUAAGAACCAGAGCAAACCUCUGCACUGACCUUCUUGGUAACCGAUCUUUAAAGACAACAGCUGUAAGCCAGUGUCACCUCGACUCGGUAUUCCGGAGGACAGUAUGUUUGUCAUCUUGGUAAAGAUUACUGUAAACAGCGGCCUUCAGAUUGGCCACGGAAAAGGAGACAGGCUCAUUGGCCAUCCAGACAGCAAACAAACAAAAAACUAAAGGAGGGGAAAAGAGUGGGUGGGUGAAGUCUCCAAUUGAUCUGCAGUGGAAGACUUGAGUCCUUUCAGAUAAGGAAAGUCAUGGAAAUUCUUAGACUGCUAUUGUAUAGCUACUACCUGUUGGCCAAAU